AUGCCGCCAGCACUGGUGGCGAUGACAGCAACACUGCUUCGGGCUCUGCUACUACCACCGACAGUGGUUCUACCUCCGAGACUCAGACUGGUGAUGCUGCCGCUUCCUCCACCACUGGCGGCGGCCGGCAUGUCCCUCACCGCUCCUGCCUUUGGCCUCUUGGCCGCUAUGGGUGUUGCUGCCAUCCUCUUCUAA